AUGGCAGAUACGUCAAUACCGUUGCAUUCACUGCGAUUCAACAAUAUGAUGAGGGAGGAAAAUGCUGACCCCCCAAACAGGGGGGCAGCUUUCUCUAGACCAAUGGCAGAGACCAGAGCAGAGGUUCAACUCCUGAACUCUCCAUUGCAGUUGCCUACAGUCUCCACGUCAGCCUCAGAUCCCGGAGGAACAUCUACACAGCUGAUGACGUCCCCAGCCCUUGACAUUCUGUCCACCACACCUGUCAUGGGAACACCACACUCUGGGACAUUGUCCCCACAGCUGAUGUCAGCCUCAGACUCCGGGACACUGUCUCCCCUGCUAAUGACAGCCUCAGAUUCUGGAACACUGUCCCCACUUCUAAUGCCAGUCUCAGAUUCCGGGACACUGUCCCCACUGUUAAUGCCAACCUCAGAUUCUGGAACAUUGUCCCCAUUGUUGUCUACUUCAGAGUAUGGAUUAAUGUCUCCAGGGAUGAUGACAAUUCCUGACUUUGGGACUAUGUCCACGGCACUAAUGGCAGCAUCAGAUUCUGCAGAAGUAUCACCACUGGCGAUGCCAGUUCCAUCCUCUGGAGUGGUAUCUGCGCCCAUAAUGAGUACUUCAUCCUCUGAAACAUCGUUAAUGCUAGGAUCAGAUUCUGGUGAGAUGUCCUCACUCCUCAUUCCAGGUAUGAACCCUGGAGUGGCAUCCACACCACCAAUGCCAGCUCCAGACUCUGAAGCAAUGUCCCCAUUGCAAAUUACAGAUGAAGAUACAGAAGCAAUGUCAAAAGUAUUAAUGACUGCUCUAGCUUCUGGGGAGAUAUCAUCACUGCUAAUGUCCGGUACAGACUCUGAAGUGCUAUCUUCUCUGAUCAUGUCAGCCCUUGCUUCUGGAGAGACCUCAACUCAGCCAGCAAACCCUCAAGACUCCGAAGGAAUUCCCAUGGAACUCAUGUCAGGCUCAGACUCUGGAGUCGUGUCUUCACUGCCUAUGGCAGUUUCUGACUCUGGAGUCGUGUCUACACCACUGCUGUCAGUUCCAGAUACUGGAGACCUAUCCACAGUACCAAAGUCGGCCCCAGAGGCCGAGGUGAUGUCCCCACUGCUAAUGACUGCUCUCACCUCCACAGUGAUGCCCACUCAACUGAUGUCAGCAUCUGGUUCUGGAGUGAUGUCCCCAGACAUAGCACAAAAUAUCAACUCUGAAAUCAUGUCUGCUCCACCAGGAAGAAUCCCAGCCACUGGAAUGAUGUCCACACUACCGGAGAGAGCUUUUGAUACGGGGACAAUGCCCAUACAGCUAAUGAGAGCCCCUGCCUCAGGAAAUAUGGCCACAUCACAAAAGACAGUUCCAGUCUCUGGAUCAAUGUCCACUCCAAUGAUGGCUGCCACAAGCCCUGGAGCAAUGUUCACAGAACAAAUGUCAACCACAGCCCCUGGUGUGAUGUCUACACAUUUAACAAUGGACAGAACACCUGGAACAAUGCCCACUGGCUUUAUGAAGGCCACAGCCAAAGGAGCAGUUUCUGCACAGCGAAUAAGAGGUUCGACAUCUGGAGUGAUGUCCAUCCAGCCAGUUAUGGCUACAACCUCUGAAAUAACGCCUGAAUCACAAUCAACAGUUGCAACCUCUGGGUCAGUGUCCACCCAGAAAAUUCGAGCUUCUGUCACUGGACCAAUGGCCACAUCACAAAUAAGAACCACAGCCUCAGUAUUGACAUCUACACCACAAAUGCGAGCCACAGCCUCUGGAGCAGUGUCCACCCCACUAAUGACAUCCAAAACCUCUGGAUCAGCAUCCACACUGCUAAUGAGAGACACAGCCUCAGGAGUGAUAUCCAUGCCACAGAUGAGUGCUCCAGGCUCUGGAGCACUGUCUAAGCCACUAACAGUAUCCAAGGCUUCUGGAAUGUUCAUGCAACAAAUGACAACUGCAGCAUCUGGAGCAAUGCCCACAUCACUAAUGACAGACACAGCCUCUGAGAAUAUGCCUAGUCAGCCAAUAAACAUUCAAGACUCUGGAGGGGUAUCCACACCACUCAUGGGACCCAUUGCUUUGGGAGGGAUGCAGAUGAUAUCCCAGGGCUCUGGAACAAUGUCUGCUCCACACAUGACAGGUACAGCCUCAAGUAUGAUGUCUAUGCCACCUCUGAGGGUUUCAGUCCCUGUAUCAGAGUCCACACCAAUUCUGGGGCCCACAGAUUCUGGAGUGAUGUCCAUGCCACUGACGAGAACCCCAGUUUCUAGAGCAAAGUCUAUACCUCAAAUGAUGACCACAGCUUGUGGAGACAUGUGUCCACUCCCAGUGCGAGCUCCAGUCACUGAAGGGAUAUCUCUACCGCCAGUCAGAGCACCAGCCUCUUCGGCCAUAUCUACAACACUUAGAAGACCCUCUGCUGGAGCUGUGGCCACAGAGUUAGAGAGAACUCCAGGCCCUGGAAUUAUGUCCACCACACAACCAGCAACUAUGAUGUCUGGAGAGAUGUCCAAGCCACUAAUGAGGGCUUCAGCCUCUGAAACCAUGCCCAUGCCUUUGAUGUCACCCAUGACUUCUGGAGAGAUGUCUAUGCCACUAAUGAAAACCAUGCCUUCUGGGACAAGGUCAACUCUCCAAACCAAAGUCGUGAGCUCUAGAGCUUCGUCCUUGCCACAGCCAACACAUCCAGCUUCUGGGGGAAUGAUUAAUCCUCCACUGAGAGCCCCGGGCUCUGGAGCAGUAUCCACACCUCUUAUGAGAGCCUCAGCUGCAGGAAUGAUGUCCACACCACUACUGAGGGCCACAGCCUCAGGAGGGAUAUCCAUGCCACAAAUGACAGCCCCGACCUCUGGAGACAUGUCUACACCACUAAUGAGGUCCCCAGCACCUGGAACAAUGUCCACACCACAGACCACCUUUGGAAUGACACCCACUCUGAAUAACAAAGCCCCAGACUCAGGAGAGGCAUCUACCUCUUACUUCAGAGUCACAGCCCCUGGGGCAAAGAGCACACCACACAUGGCUGGCACUAACCCUGAAAUGAAGAAGCCACCACCCAAAGAAGUGCCAUCCUUUGGUAUGCUGACCCCAACACUCUGUUACCUCUUAGAAGAGCAAGAAGCAGCCCGGGCCUCUUCCUCUGUGGAGGAAGACGCAGAGGAGAUUGAUGAGGAGAAGCAAAUAAAGGGGUUUUUGGAUGAUUCUGAGAAAAUGGCGUUUCUGGUGUCUCUUCAUCUGGGGGCAGCAGAGAGGUGGUCCAUCUUGCAGAUGGAGGUAGGAAACCCCCUCUCGAGUGAAAAUAAAUCUUUCUUGAGAAGAUCACAGGGCUUAUAUGACUCCCUGUCUGACAUAGACAUCCUAAGUGCUGUUCUUUGCCAUCCCAAGCAGGGCCAGAAGUCAGUCAGGCAGUAUGCCACUGACUUCCUGCUGCUGGCCCGACAUUUGUCUUGGUCUGAUGCCAUUCUACGCACCAGGUUUCUGGAAGGGCUCUCGGAAGCCAUUGCCACCAAAAUGGGUCGUAUCUUCCUGAAAGUGGCCGGCAGCCUAAAGGAGCUGAUAGAUAGGUCUCUGUACACUGAGUGCCAGCUGGCUGAAGAGAAGUAUUCCUCAGGCAACUCAAGCCAAGUUGUGCCAACAGCUUGCAAGCGGAACAAUGAGGAGGCCAUGGAAAACGAACUGGGCUCUCAGCAGCAGACCGAGGAGCACCAACAUGUUCCCAAACGCUGUUUCUACUUGAAAGAACAUGAAGACCCUAAAGAGAGUCUUCACGACCACCUUCGACAGAGUGCACAGAAGGCCCCUACCAACAAGUCGUACUCCUUGAAGUCGUACAUGAUUUCUGACUUGGCUGCUAACUUGAGGACUGGUUCCUGGACCCAUUCCAUUCAGCUAUAUCAAUAA